GGUCCCCCGGAGCCGGCCUUCGGGAGGUGCGGCCGGGAGGAGGCCUAGGCCUGCAGGCCGAGAGCAGCAGGGGCGGCCCGCGGGAGGGAGCGGAAGUCCCGGGACGGGCGCGGGCGGCUGCGCCAGCUGGGCGGGCGAGCUCUGCGCUCCCUCCCCAUGGCCGGGAGCGGACCGCGGCGACGGCGGCGGCGCUGAUAGGCCCCGGGCGGGGCGGGGCAGGCGGGCCCGGGCGGGGGCCUGGGGCCGAGGGGAAGAUGAGCGCCCUCCUAGAGCAGAAGGAGCAGCAGGAGAGGCUGCGGGAGGCCGCGGCCUUAGGGGACAUUCGGGAGGUGCAGAAACUGGUGGAGAGCGGGGUGGAUGUGAACUCCCAAAAUGAGGUCAACGGCUGGACUUGUUUACACUGGGCAUGCAAACGCAACCAUGGUCAGGUAGUCUCUUACCUGCUAAAAUCAGGAGCUGACAAAGAAAUUCUUACCACAAAAGGAGAAAUGCCGGUUCAGUUAACAUCAAGGAGAGAAAUCAGGAAGAUUAUGGGAGUGGAAGAAGAUGAUGACGAUGAUGACAACCUUCCCCAGCUGAAGAAGGAGUCAGAACUGCCCUUUAUUCCCAACUAUUUGGCUAACCCAGCCUUCCCUUUUAUCUACACACCCACAGCAGAGGACUCAGCCCAGAUGCAGAAUGGGGGCCCCUCCACACCUCCUGCAUCACCCCCUGCAAAUGGCUCACCUCCACUGCUUCCCCCUGGGGAACCUCCCCUGUUAGGGGCAUUUCCCCGGGACCAUAAUUCUUUGGCUCUAGUUCAGAAUGGUGAUGUGUCUGCCCCCUCUGCCAUACUCAGAACACCAGAAAGCACAAAACCAGGUCCUGUUUGUCAGCCACCAGUGAGUCAGAGCCGCUCCCUGUUUUCUUCUGUCCCGUCCAAGCCACCAGUGUCUCUGGAGUCUCAAAAUGGGACAUAUGCAGGACCAGCGCCAGCAUUCCAGCCAUUUUUCUUCACUGGAGCAUUUCCAUUUAAUAUGCAAGAGCUGGUACUGAAGGUGAGAAUUCAGAACCCAUCUCUUCGAGAAAAUGAUUUCAUUGAAAUUGAACUGGACCGACAGGAGCUCACCUACCAAGAGUUGCUCAGAGUAUGUUGCUGUGAGCUGGGUGUUAAUCCAGAUCAAGUGGAGAAGAUUAGAAAGUUACCCAAUACUCUGUUAAGAAAGGACAAGGAUGUUGCUCGACUCCAAGAUUUCCAGGAGCUGGAACUGGUUCUGAUGAUAAGUGAAAACAAUUUUCUGUUCAGGAAUGCUGCAUCCACACUGACUGAAAGGCCUUGCUAUAACAGGAGAGCUUCAAAACUGACUUACUAAUGCAGCAGGGACUUUUAUCACUGAGUAUUAUGACAGUGUGCAUCACCUCUGGGCCAAGGACAAGCCAUUGAUCUAAAUGCCUCGGAUGCCCAGGAGGGCCUCUGGUGCCACUGCGUAGUGUAUACUAACAUCGUUCUGCCAAGGUAGGAAGCCCCUGACCCCCAAGCAGCGGUGCCACUCUUCCAAGCCUCUUGGUGCACAAUAAACCUAUUGCUUGAAGCUUUGAACAGCUGAGAAGUGGUCUGGAGAGGCAGAAGCUGAAGGUUCUAUAUCCAGUGUGUUUUAUGUACAGAACGUAAGAGAGUUGUCUAAGCAGAAGCUGAGAGAGAGCGGAGCCUAUUUCUGGCCACUCCUGUUGACAGUGCACCUGAAGGGCCGGGAUGCGCUUUUCUUGGUGUUGCAUGCUCACAACUCUCCUGACAUUGUGAACUGAUGAGAGAAAACUGGGGAAAGCACAGGUACUGGACAGAUGAAUUCUAGUGUGACUUGUGACUGUGAGGUUUCCUAGGACAUAUUUAUAAAUGUUACUCAGGUUAAAAGUAUUUAAGAAUACAGUUACCUAAUUGUAAAUAUGCUGUUAACCAAAAGAGCUUUCCCUCCCCCACUUUUUCCUUUGUAAACAUUCACGACUGCUUCUCUGUCUCUGGAGUCAUCUCUGCAUCAACUCCCCUUUGUGGUCGCUAGAGGGCUCUCUGAUGCCUUCUAAAAGAGAAACUGCUUUUUUCCCUGCCCCCUGAAGAGACAGGGUCUCACUAUGUGGCCCAGGCUGGUCUCAAACUCCUGGCCGCAAGUGAUCCUCUUGCCCUUGGCCUCCCAAAAUGCUGGGAAUACAGAUGUGAGCACUGCACCCAGCCCACUUUUUUUACUCUGAAGCAAUUCCAGUCGUCUGUGUGUAACUGCAUCUUAUGAGAAGAGCACAAAUAUUGCUGUUCCAUGGUCUCCACUUUCAUUUUCCACCACAAAUGAAAAGCAAUUUUUGAGACUGAAUCUGUUGCUAUUUUAAAGGUUAUUGUGGGAAACCGAGCUAAAGGAGUUAGCAUCUUUAUUUUUGUAUCAAAGAUAAAGGUUAUUUUGAAAUUAUUAGGAUUUUUACACAAUUCUGAAAUCUGUUGCUUUUAUAAACAAAUUGUUUGAACUUACUGAUCCCCGCACUACCACCACCAAUUCACUUGACAAAGCCAGUAUGAGUCUACCAGACUGUUCUGAAAAACAGAAACAAACACCGGAUUAAACUCUUGAGUAUGGCAUAGGAAUUUUUUAAAAGAAUGCAUUCAAGGAUUCUUUUCCUUUCCUUCAGUGUCAUUAAUGUUAAAAGAAAAGUCACUGUUUUGUUGAAACAAACAGCUUAACUUCAGAAAUAAGAACUAGCACACUUAGACAAACAGGAGAGCAGGGGUUCAAAGCCAGCUGUUGAAGAGCAUCCCUGCUGUCUUAAGCAGCUUUUUCCCCAUAGUGCCUAUAGUUUCUAAAGAAACUCAACUUCCUAACUGUGUUAACUUAAUUUUAUUAGAACACUACAGUUGAGUGAGAACGUGCAGAAGAUGUCAACGGAAGAAAAUGUUGUGCUAAGAUAAUGGCCUCCUGCUGCUGCCUAAAUGCUGAAAGGAGGUUGAGAUGUUUCUCGAGGCUAACUUCAUGAAAUCACUGUUGAGUGACUUAAUUGUAUCCCACCAAUUACUGCUGGUGACUUACUCUUGUACAGUGUUUGCAUAGCAGAGUGAAGGUUACUUAUUACCCUCUUUCUCUCAAGUGCUUUAAAGAAGAAACCUCAUGUUUCUUUUUUUUCUUUUUGAGAUGGAGUCUCACUCUUUUGCCCAGGGUGAAGUGCAAGUGGCAUGAUCUUGGCCCACUGAAACCUCCACUACCGGGUUCAAGCGAUUCUCCUGCCUCAGCCUUCUCAGUAGCUGGGAUUACAAGCAUGUACCACCAUGCCCAGCUAAUUUCUGUAUUUUUAGUAGAGACGAGGUUUCACCAUGUUGGCCAGGCUGGUCUUGAACUCUCGGCCGCAAGCAAUCCGCCUGCCUCGGCCUCCCAAAGUGCUGGGAUUAUGGGCGUGAGCCACUGUGCCCAGCCCCUCUCUUGUGUUUCAACCAAUUGAAAGCAAUUUUAACUAGAUGUAGUAACCUUUUUUUUUUUUUUUUUUUUUUUUGCUUCUAAAAAAGUUACCGUUUACUGAUAAAGUUAGGUCUGGCUCUAUCCUAGAGGAAAUAAAUUCAGUAUUAAUUCAUGUCUAAAUUACUUGGGUUAAAAGUCUUUCAGCCGUCCAGAUUAAUUAAAGUGGAACAGUGGAGGCCCCUGGCUGGGAGAUGGCCUACAGAGGAGCAGCUGUGGGGAAUGUUCUGAGCUUAGAGACAGAGGUGACUUGGUGUCUCUGGUGAGAGGUGGGUCUGAUGUGGCUCUGCCCUAUGCUGGUCUCUCCUUUAUAAAAUCCUCUAUGGUCAGCUGACUCCUGCAUAUCACAGUGGAAUAAGACUGCACAGUUGCUGGUAGGUGAGUUUAAAGUCUUAAUCUAUGCAUUCAGAGAAAUAUUUUUAUAUGCUUUGUGUAAUUUAUAACAAGGAUUUUUUUUUAGCUUUGUUAACUGUGAAUUCACCCCUCCUUCCCCACUGCAUAUUUAAAGCAUGUGUUCACACUGUGUGUAAACAUUCACGGAAGAUUUUCUCUUUGUGCAUUGCUGACUGUUCAAACAUAACAAGUAUUAUUAAAAUUAAAUAUUAACUGACCAA